UCAUUUUAUAGCUUGUCAUCAUUUGCCGCUGUAGGACUUUAUUGUAUAUUCGUCCGUAAAUUAAAUUCCUUCUGCAAAAAUGGAUUUAGAUUUGGCACGCGAUAUGCCACGCGCUGGUUUCAACUUCGACAACUGCAAGCGCAACGCCACCUUGCUGUCAGGAGGUUUUAAGCCACCGAAAACCACAAAAACUGGAACCACGAUCGCCGGUAUCAUUUUCAAGGACGGCGUGAUUUUGGGCGCUGAUACACGCGCCACUGAAGGGCCCAUUGUUUCGGACAAAAACUGCGCCAAGAUUCAUUACUUGGCCAGCAACAUCUACUGCUGUGGCGCUGGCACUGCCGCCGAUACUGAAAUGACCACUGAUUUGAUUUCCUCACAGCUGGAGUUGCAUCGCCUUAACACGGAGCGUCAGGUGCCGGUUGUAUGCGCCAACGUUAUGCUCAAGCAAAUGCUUUUCCGUUACCAGGGCCACAUUAGUGCUGCCCUUGUAUUAGGCGGCGUCGAUAAGUAUGGUUCUCAUAUAUACUGCAUACAUCCUCAUGGCAGCGCAGACAAAUUACCAUAUGCCACCAUGGGAUCGGGGUCACUUGCGGCCAUGUCCGUCUUUGAAAGACGUUGGAAACCCGAUUUGAGCGAGGAGGAGGGAAAGCUUUUGGUGCGUGAUGCCAUUGCCGCGGGAGUGUUCAACGAUUUAGGUUCUGGCUCCAAUAUAGAUUUGUGUGUUAUUCGCAAGGAUAGCACAGAAUACUUACGCAACUAUGAACUGGCUAACAAGAAAGGUGAGCGCCAGCUGAAUUACGACUUCAAAUCAGGUUCCACUGUGGUUCUGAACAAGACCAUAAAAGAUUUGGACAUCACCAUUAACAUAAGACCCGUUCCCAUGGAAACUUAAACUAGUUUUGUACUUUAAUUAGAAUGUUUAUAUAACGAUUCGGAUUUCUUGGUUAAAUAAAGGAGCGUGGCUUUUAUGGAACAA